AUGCCGGCUCCUCCACCAUUCGUUGUAAACACAGACCCUGAGCGGGUAGCAGAGUCACAGACAGCACUGAUCGUCGGAAUUAUUACUACGAUCAACUUUCUGGCGAUCGCUGUCGUCGCUGCAAGGACGUAUACUCGCUUGGCAAUCUCCAAGUCCCCGGGUGCACAAGAUGUACUUAUGGUCUUGAGUGUUUGCACUGGGCUUGCGGGCACCAUCAUCCUAUAUCUCAUGAUUCCACACGGUCUGGGUAAACACGCCGAUACGAUCGAACGAGCCGACUUCACCAAGUUCAGCAAAUACAGCUUUAUAAUCACGGUAGUCCCCCUUCUCGGAGGGAUUGGCCUCCUCAAAGUCGCAAUCGCUCUCGAACUCAUCAAAUAUAAUGGGAACUCAUGGAAGUGGUACAAGAUUACUUUACAGUGCAUGAUUGGCUUUGUGAUUGCUUAUACAAUCGAGGCAUGGCUUUCGUUUAUCCUCUUUUGCAAUCCAGUUGCAAAACAAUGGGAUCGGUCACUGGAUGGAUCUUGUUAUCCUAUAUCGAUGUUUAUCGCAUUCGGUCUCGCCAAUUCCGCUUUCAAUAUUUUUACGGAUAUUGCCUUUGCUACCUUACCCAUACCACUCAUUUGGUCCUUGAAGAUGCCUCUCAAGACACGAAUCUACCUCAUUAUUAUUUUGAGCCUCGGAUAUGUCGCUGCCGUGAUGGGUCUAGUGAAAGCUAUUUCCCAGAUGAAGUACGAUCCUGCGGGAGACAACACGUUCCUUUACGAUAUCCAAUUCUGGGGCCUUCUCCAACUCAACAUCGGCAUCAUCGCCGCUUGCGCACCCUCUCUUAGACCAUUGGUGAAGAACAUCCUGCGACUAAAGUCUUUGACACCUGGGUACGGCUACUCAGACUAUGGACAACGCCAACGCGGCGUACGGCUUUCUACAAUUGGGGGAACAGGUGUCUCAUCUGUCUCAAGACAAGGAGAUCAAGCAGUGCAAAGUAAGCGUCGAAACAAUAUGGAAAACGCCAUCUAUGUGGAAACUGUUUUUGAGCUUAAGAAUAGCAGCCAGGACGCAAUUCUAAAUACAGAUAGCCCAGAAGGGGCCAGAGGUCAAGGGGUACCUCGUUAA